CACCUUCCGAGCGCUUAAGUCCGCCCUUUGCAGGGAAGCGUCCACCUCAUCACCCGUCGUCGCCACAUAAACGCCCAAUAAAGAACAAAGAAUCAUGCCAGCAGCAGUAGCAAGUAACAUCCUGCAGGUACCUCCAUACCACGGCGGAGCAUCCGAGUAUUCCAUCCACCACAGCCAAACAAUCACCAGCGGGCGGAGCACGGCGACUUCGAGCGGGACGGGACGAGGAAGUGGGAAUGGGACGCGUGGGUCGUCUUCUCAGCAACAACAAAAUCCCGUAGCGUCGAAUCCCAAUGACGAGCAGGCGCAAUUUCCGAACGCGGAAUAUCAGACGUUGGAUUCUCAUAGGGCAGGGCAUCAUGGUUCCGGCACACAUACGGCGGGGGCGGACGACCUGAACCGGCCGGUGUCGGUGCAUGCGCAUUCCCGGGCGUUGGCGAAGAUUGCGGCGUUGGAGAAGACGAUAGAAUUUCUGCAGACACAGCAUGCGGGUGUGCUGGCUGGGCUGCAUGGGGAGGUGGAGAGGUUGCAGAAUGCGUGUUCAGAGCUGGCUAUGAAGUCUCUGAAACUUCCUGUGGAUUCAGAAGGCCGAAACACCGAAAGUGAGAAAAAUUCCGGAGCACUUCCCAUCCCCCCGAAACCAGCAGAUGUACCCGCAUCAAAGCCCCGCGAACGCAAACCCAGCCAGCGCGCCCAUUCCCGCUCACAAGACGAGCAUCUCCUCUCCGCCCUAAAAACCGACCUAGACGCCCUCCGCGACGCCAACUACCAAAAAGAGUCAGAAAUCAACCUCCUCCACGCCGAACGAGAAAUCAUCCUGUCCGCGUUGGCUGCAAAUGGGAUCGUCAUCAACAUGAGCGGGAGUGCGCGGGCGCCGGGGUCGGCUACUGUGACGAUAAAUCAUCGGGUCGUUGGGUCUGACCGCUCGGUGCCCGCUGGGUAUGGAAGGAGUUUCACGUCGCCUGGAACUGCGAUUCAGCCGAAACAGACGCCGGUUUUGCCGCCGAUUGGGAAUGGGCUGUUGUCGCAUGGGGGCUCGGUUGAGAAGCUGGACUCGAAUGUGGAAGGGGCGAGGCUGCAUGCACCGACCCCGCCUCCUCGGGUGCAAGAUAGGGAAGGGAGUGAGGAGAGAUCACGGUCGAGGAGGGCACGGUAUCGCGUAGCGUCGGGAUCGGAGUCCCUGCAUAAAGAUUCGUCCUUGGCGAAGAACAAUCAAGAAUCCGAGCUUGAUUCCGAUGACGAAGACGAAUUCGACGAGAACUACGAAGACGAUUACUCUUCCAGACGAAGCAGCAACGACGUGCGGGGAUCACAGGAAAGUUUUGCUUCUACGCCUGUGAGAGGGAGGCGUCGCACGCGCGGCAGUUUUCAUCAUAGCAGCCGUAGUGCUAGAGCAAGCGAGAUAGAUGGGACCAAGCCCCUGCCUCCGCUUGGUGUACCGGGGAAGCAGAACAGAGUGAGGAGCGAGCGACAUGUGUCGGUCAAGCGUAAAUGAGUUCAAAAAUAUCGAAUUUAUGGCGAGUACGCUACAUUACAGUGGAAGCCAUCCCAUCUGA